AACGCCAAGAAGCGCCACUCCUUCACCGCCCUCAGCAUGACGCACAAGUCCUCCCAGGCUGCCAGCAACCGGCACUCUAUGGAGAUCAGUGCCCCUGUCCUCAUCAGCUCCAGCGACCCACGGGCGGCCGCCAGGAUUGGGGACCUCAGCCACCUCUCCUCCAGCGCCCCGGCCCAGGAUUCCUCUUCAAUUGGAACAUCCACAGUGGCUGGUCCCAGGACAAGUGCAAUAACUGGAGAUCAGGGAACACCACCGAAGGUCCAGCUCCCCCUCAAUAUCUACCUAGCCCUGUACGCCUACAAGCCUCAGAAGAAUGAUGAGCUGGAGCUCCGCAAAGGUGAGAUGUACCGGGUCAUUGAGAAGUGCCAGGAUGGCUGGUUCAAGGGGACGUCUCUGAGGAGUGGGAUGUCUGGUGUCUUCCCAGGCAACUAUGUGACGCCUGUUUCAAGGGUACCAGUGGGAGCUGGGCAACCCAGGAACAGUGGAGCCGGAGGAGCUCCAGUGACGAAAGGAGCCCCAGGAGCCAUCCACCCCAUCGGGGCCAGUCACACCAAUGCCACCACGACUGUCAGACCAGUUGUUCCUAUCACUGUGCCUCAGACACAUCCCCAGCUACAGGCGGCCGCUCCACAGCUGAAUAACUGCUUGAGAUAUUCAGCUCAGCAGCCAGCCAGCCAGGCCCGCAACGCCAUGCAGAUGGCUCACCCCCCGGUUCCAGCCCCGGAGCGGCCCACCGCCACAGUCUCACCCCUGCGGACACCCGGCUCUCCCUCACGCCUGCCACAGGGCGAGGCAGGCAGCGGGCCCCUGGGUGCUCCCGUCGCCCCCGGCCCCACCGGCAAGGCUGAGGAGAGGAAGAACGAGAAGAAUGACUUUCAAGUGUGCAUCAAGGACUUCAUGGUGUGCGAGCAGAACAAUACCUGCUACUUCUGCAAGCCCAAGAAGAUGUAUGAUAUUCAGCAGAAGAAAGAGAAGAAGAGCGGGCUGCUGAAACUUCUAGCAGGAGCAUCAACAAAAAAGAAGUCGCGCUCCCCACCAUCCGUGUCCCCCACACAUGAUCCCCAGGCAGCCAUCGAAGGAGUCCUGCAAGGGGCAGUGGGACCUGAGCUCUCCUCCCUCUCCAGCCACGGCAGGGCUGGCUCAUGCCCUAUCGAGAGUGAAAUGCAGGGAGCCAUGGGGCUGGAGCCUCUGCACAGGAAAACAGGCUCCUUGGAUUUGAAUUUUUCCAUCCCUUCUCCUGCCAGGCAGCCCCUCUCUUCCAUGGCAGCUAUUCGGCCAGAGCCCAAGCCUUUGCCCCGGGAAAGGUACCGCGUUGUGGUCCCGUACCCACCGCAGAGCGAGGCUGAGAUCGAACUGAAGGAAGGUGACAUUGUGUUUGUGCACAAGAAACGGGAGGACGGCUGGUACAAAGGGACGUUGCAGAGGAACGGCAGGACGGGCCUCUUCCCUGGGAGCUUUGUCGAGAGCUUCUGAGGACGGCUCGCCGCUCUCUCAACUGGAGGAGCUUUCAGGGGAAACUGCAUAGCACAAGAAGAGACGGCAAAGGGAAACUGGACUGAUAACCACUGCCAUUUUUAUUUCCAAAGACUACCCCCCAGGCCCUUCAGUCUACAGCUCUGGAGACGCAGUGCCCCGCUGUGCUCCUGAGACCGCGUGCGGUGCAUACAGUGGUAUGUUGAAGUAGUGCCUUCCACCUGGAAUCACAGACUGAAAGGACGCCCAUCCGGACUGUACGUAACCUAAACUCCGGCUGUUAACCCUUUGUGUAAAUUAUAGAGAAGAUAUCUUUAAAAAAAAAAAAAAUAAGAGGAAAGUUGUUAUAUUGCUGUAACUUAUUUGUCAGAGCUGCAGUGUUCUUAUUACUGGCCUAUGCAAGAUGGAUUUGAGAGUUCAAGGAGGUAUGCUAGGAAGCUCUUAAACUGGGAUUUCGUUUUUCCCGAGGGAAA